AUGAGUUUACAUCGAAUUCGUCUCGUUCUUUGUGCACUACUCAUUUGUCAAGGUAUCCGUUUUCGAGAAAAAAAAGGGAAAUUCGUCGUUCUUUCAGUGAAUGCGUUCUUGAGCGGCAUAACCCCUCCGAUGGGAUCCAAAGAUUCGCUUGCAGGGGCGUUCGGCGGAUCUCCAGUCGAUAAUAAUGUGAAAGUCGUUUGGAGAACUCUGGCGGUGGGUCACAGAAGAAUUUUUGUAAAGAAAACAUCAAAAAUCGCACAAAAUUUGACGUUUCGCAACCGAUGAAAUCGAGACACCUUUUAUAGUAAUCUGAAAAGCAGAAUUAGCAACAGAAAAAAAAUUUCAGCCCGGUCAAGUACCGCCCGUUUGGAAUCUCCAACUGGGACCAAGCACGGGGCCUCCGACCCAAGAACCCAGUACCGAUGUCCCAACGGAUGCUCCGACGACGCCGUUGGAUACUUCAGAUGCUCCGACGACGCCGUUGGAUACUUCAGAUGCUCCGACGACGCCGUUGGAUACUUCGGAUGCUCCGACCACUCCGUUGGAUGCUUCAGAAGCUCCGACGACGCCGUUGGAAACUUCGGAUGCUCCGACCACUCCGUUGGAUACUUCAGAAGCUCCGACGACGCCGUUGGAAACUUCGGAUGCUCCGACCACGCCGUUGGAUACUUCAGAUGCUCCGACCACACAGACCCAAGAUCUCAGUACCGAUGCUCCAUCUCCGAGCACCGAACAAGCCACGACUCAAGAUCCAAACUAUUCGGGUAAGCAUCGGCCACCCCAGAAUCCCGGCACUCUGUCUUUCCAGAUAUUUUCGACGCAGACUAUGAUCAUCCAUUUUCAGUAGUUCCGACGGGUCCGAGCACGACGGAAGUGCCGCUCGACGCCUCCUCCACAACCAAUCCUUCCUUUGCUGGCAACCGAGCCGGCGGACGGGUAUGCCCACGCGUUCCCCACUUUCUCACUGGACCACUAUCACUUUUUGCCUCUUUUUGCAGCGCACCGACCUCGAACGGCUACCGGACGGUCGACUCAUCAAAAAUUUGACGAAGGAUUUCGAGACAUUUGUAAGCGGUUUCACUCGUUUUCGUCCAAGAGCGCGCGCCCCGAAAUUUCAGAACGGAGACACGAACUGGACGAGGAUUGUGGCGAAUCAGCAAGAGGUGUACGUGUUGCAUCCGGUGCAGACGAACGGGAAAACGAUGGUCUUCGAUCCGUACACGAUCGGACAAGUGCUCGGCUACAUUUAUGAGGUACGGUGUGGUACGGUCAGUAUACACGCACACUACACCAACACUUUGAGCUGUCCGAAUUCGGUCCGUCGGGACCGCCCGGUGGAUUCACGAUCGUUUUGAUGAACGGAGGAAGCGGUAAAGUUCCGUCGAGCCAAAAAAGAUCAGUCGCCGUAAAAAGCCGCACCGGAACGUUGAUUUUCACACGAAAAGUGCGGCGGCGCACGCAAAACGAGCACAAAUAUUGGCAAAAUGUUUGGAAAUAG